GGCCCUACAGAGAGGCCAGGUGGGUGUUUCUCGUGCAGAGAUGGCCGCUGAGGUUUGCAGGGCUCAGGCGGCUCAGCCGGGCGGGGACACCAUAUUCGGAAAAAUCAUCCGUAAAGAGAUCCCCGCCAAGAUCAUCUUCGAGGACGAGAAGUGCCUUGCAUUUCAUGAUAUUUCUCCACAAGCUCCAACUCAUUUCCUAGUGAUCCCCAAGAAGCAUAUUGCUCAAAUAUCUCAAGUGGAAGAUACCGAUGCAGAUCUUCUUGGCCAUUUAAUCAUUGUGGGGAAAAAAUGUGCAGCUCAAUUAGGCCUGACUAGAGGAUACCGAAUGGUUGUGAAUGAAGGUCCAGAUGGUGCUCAGUCAGUCUAUCAUGUGCAUCUCCAUGUACUUGGGGGACGUCAAAUGGCCUGGCCUCCAGGCUAGGACUCCGAAUGAGAAGAAAAAUGUUGUCCUUAGUCUGUUGAAUAGAGUCCACACAUGUUCUGUCUAUAAUCCCAAUUAAUAUUUCGUGUGGAAGACAAUUAUAAAUUUUGCCAUAAAUCAAUAAAGGUUAAGCUUAAUUAUU